GGUGGAGUGGGGAAGGAGGGAGGAGGAGAAGGAAGGAGGGAGAAGGAGGAGGACAGGUUUAACAUACAGUAGAAAACAGCGAAGUGGUCAUAGGGGAGCUCCUCCUUUGGGCUGUGACACUGAGCAGAGACAAACUGGUGAGUUGAAUUUCAAACACUGCUAUACUGUUUAUAGUUUGAUUUGAGAUUCACAAUUUUCUAUGAUUAUUUAACAUAGAAAGAAAAUGCAUUUAAAGGCCAAUUUCAUACUGCUAAAUUUAUCAAGCAUCACAUACAACAAGGACUCCUCAAUUAGGGGUCGGGACCGCCACAAGACGUUGAAAGACAGAUGUCAGGGCUUAUAACAUGAUGAACAGGAUAACAACCAGAAAAAAAAAUGGCUUCUUGACUCUUCUUGUCCUUGACGUUCUUCAGAUAAUGUUACCUAUUUAGGCCUCAUUAGGUUGGAAACCUCUGACAUAAAGUACAUUAUUAAUUCCUCUACUACUGUAUAUGAAGAGAGCCGAUUAUUUCAUUAUUGAAGGCAAGUUGUGUUACUUUUGUUAAGGCAAUAGACACCAGGAUUAAUUUGAAGCGUGUUUAUGUUAGGUGUCUUAUCUACCCACUAACUUUAUGAUCUUGGAACUGCCUUCUUGUAGCGUUUUCACUGUUGGCUCUCGGGGUUUGUUUAUUAAUGUAAUUUGAGCACAUGGCAAUCUAACAGAGACCAAACUGCUGUUCUACAUUAACAGAACAUACAGUGUAGUACACUUAUUCAUUCCAUCAGUAUGCCCAUAGACAACAGCACACGCACAUACACACACCUGUCCAGUGGGAAUAACAGUCUGCUUAGAGGACUGCAGAGGCAUUCCUUGUGCAUUCAAAGUCCAAGCUGUCUUUUUAAACCAGUCAUCACCGGAGUCAGUUGUGCCUGAGAUCACCUAUUAACUGCCAUGGGAGUGCUGACAUGGAAAAUUCACUUUUCAUCUGAAGCUAUCAGCAUUACUAUGGUUUCAUUAGGCCAAGGGGUCUCUGCUAGUAAAAAAAAAAUUAUGUUGGGGGCAGAGUUCAACAUUCAACUGUAGACAGCAAAAUUCAAAAAUUCAGGAUUAGGAUCCACAACAUUUUUUGACAGACAUUAACACAUCUCUUUUGUAACCCUCUCCUGUUAGGACAUGGCCACAUACAAGCCAAGGGUAAUUUCUCUGACCAAGAGGCCGGGGCAGACAUUUGGCUUCUUUCUGAGAACAGAGCAGACAGAGGAAGGUCACCUGAUCCGCUCCCUGGAAAUGGGAGGGCAAGCUGAACUAGCAGGCUUUAAAGAUGGAGACCGAAUCCUGAGGAUCAAUGGAACAUUUGUUGAUGGACUGUCCCAUUUGGAGGUGGUGGAGCUGGUGCAAAACAGUGGCACCUCUGUCACAUUCCACAUUCUGGAUGAAGCCUCCUACAAGCAAGCAAAAGAACAGGGAGUCAACCUGUGUGGCCCUCAAAGCGCACCGCUUGUCAAUGGUGCGGCCACGCAGGAUCUUAAACCUAAACUCUGCUACCUGUUGAAAUCCAAAAAAGGCUAUGGGUUUGCUUUUUGCAGCGUCAAAGGCAAGCAAGGUUUAUUCAUGACAGAGGUGAUCCCAGGAAGUGUGGCAGACAGAGCAGGGGUCAAAGCCAAAGACCGUCUGGUGGAGGUCAACGGGGAGAAUGUAGAAGACUCCACACACGACCAAGUAGCGGACAAGAUCAAACUGGCUGGCGACAGCCUGAUGUUGCUAUUGGUUGAUGCAGAAACAGACAGAUACUAUCAGAACAGGCAUAUGAAGAUAAGAGCAUGGUUAGCCACAACCAAACACCUCCCUCACAAGCCACGCAUCAUUGAGAUGACAAAGAGAUCUGACGGAUAUGGCUUUGUGCUCAAACAGGAGCCCAGGCAAACAGGACACUUCAUUAACGACAUAGACAGAGGCAGCCCUGCAGAUAGAGCGGGUCUGAAAAAAAUGGACAGACUGGUGGCUGUGGAUGGCAAAGAGGUGGACAACUGGAGCCAUAAGCAGGUGGUGGGCAGGAUCAAGCAGAGUGGCAAUGAAUGCUGUCUUCUGGUGGUGGACAAAGACACAGAUCAGAUGUAUAAACAGGGGAAUGUGUCUCCGAUGCUUUUCUGGGGAGAAAUAAAGGAGUUCAAUUCACCGCCCAGUUACAUAGAGGCCAUCAACUUACCAGUCAACCUGUGUGGCCCUCAAAGUGCACCGCUUGUCAAUGGUGCGGCCACCAUUGACAAGCCACCAUCAACACCUGCUCAAGAGAGGGAGGAGGCGCUCAAGCCUAAACUCUGUAAGAUGAAGAAGACCACAGCUGGGUAUGGUUUUCACCUCAGUGGCAUCCAGGGUGUGCAAGGGCAGUACAUCAGCGAGGUGGUGACGGGUGGCGCGGCCGACAAGGCAGGUUUGGAGGAUGACGACAUCGUGGUGGAGGUGAACGGGGUGAAUGUGGAGCAGAGCAGCCACGAGGAGGUGGUGGCAAUGAUUCACAGAGGCGGCAGCUCUCUGGAGAUGUUGGUGGCUAAAAAGAACGUCUAUGACCAGCUCAAAGCUAAAGAAGAGGCCAACACCCGCCUGCUGCUUGGGGAAGCAUCCUAUGUAGAUGUCCACACUGCAGACAGUCCAGACACCAGGAGGGAGAACAGACACAAGGUGGAGGCCAGACCUCAAACCCCCCCCAGACCAGCAAGACGGAGGACCUCAUCUGUGUCGUCGUCUUCAUCUAACGACAGCUUCGAUAUAAGAUUCUGAGAAGCCGCCUUAAGGACACAUUUUCUGAUUUGUCAACCUACUGUUGAUCCAUCACUGUUUAAAAAUCAGCGCUAUGAACUUCACGCAUCCAAUUAAUAUCACUGGAGACGAAGGACAAGACAGAACAAAGACAGUAAAACUUCAGUGCCAGUAUCUGAAUCAGAGUAGAAUAGUUGCACUGACUGUGUGUUAGGGCUGAGAACAAAACACAGUCCCGGUCCUGGUCUGCUUUUGAAGAUCUACUUGUUGAUGAGCCUGUGCACUGAUCAGAGUAAUAUACCAUAUUUCCCAUUCCUGAGAUCUCCAAUAUUAACAGUGUUUACAAAGAGUACAAACUACAGCAUGUAAAACUUAAAUCGACAGUAUUACUACUAAAUACUGUGGGUUUCCAUCUAUUUUUUUUUUCUAUGCAAAAACUGCUGCCUCUGUUUAAAGUGUCAAAAAU